CUAAUCGGUGCAUGUGCUAAUUGUCAAAAUUAUACAGAACAAAAUUGACAAUUUUUUUGAGAUACUUCAAAAAAGCAAAAUUGGAAUCAUUAAAUAAUAAUUUAAAGACGCUUAAAGGAAAGAAAGGAAAUUUCCAUUUUUGUGCUUUCAAUAAUUUUGUGUGCUGACUAGCUUUAUAUCGAAUUCUAUUAAACAAAAAAGACGAGCUCUUUUUGCUUUAAACGGGAAGGAAUUAUUCGAGGGUAAAUUGCACUUUAAUGAGUUGAAUUUUUCAUGAAUUAUCAAAGCACAAAGCAGCUACAAAGUACUUUUGACAUCAACGGCAGAGUUAUUAAAAUAAAGCCAAGGGAAUUGUUCCAUAAUAAAACGUGACACGAAAGUGGUUCUAAAAAGGGACAACAAAUGAUUCAGACUUCAUGUCGUCUCCGUAACUUUUCUAUCCUAAGUGUUCUUGCACUGACAGUUUCAAAUGUAUUCCUCACAUUACGCUUAUUGCAAACUGAUUGUGGACAUCACUUGAAUAAUGAAAUAACGACAUCAAUUGUCCCAAAACCGCCUAUAAUUUUAACACCAGCAUCACAAUGCUUGGAAUAUAUUUUAGCCGACUCGAAUGGAAAUGUGAGUGAGAAGGCUGUUUUUUCGGGUCUUGACCUAAAAUUGGGAAGAUGGGAUUCGAGAAGAAUGUUUAAAGUAUUUGAUUUUGUAAUACAUGGAGAGAAAUUUACGGAGCUGUCAGACAAGCUCAACGUGACUUUAGCAACCCAAAGUUCCAUUGAGAAAAUAUUUUCACUUGUACAAGUUUCACAUCAUUGGUCCGGUCCAAUCUCGAUAGCUGUAUAUGUAGCUGGUGAUGAUGAGCUUUAUCUGCUUCAAGUCUACUUGACAUUUCUCCGUUAUUGCUACGUUACAAUACGUGAACGAGUCGCAUUUCAUUUAACAUUUCCAAAAGAUAGAUCACCAUCGAACAUACGAAGUGUACAUCUUAGUGAUAUCAUUACAAAAUACAAUUGUGCCAAACCAGAACAGACAAUUACUGAAUUGUUAAAGCAGAGAACUGCUGAGACGAAAAAAUGGCGUAUAAAAUAUCCAUACCCACAAAAUUUCAUACGUAAUGUUGCUCGCAAAAAUUGCCAAACGCAUCAUGUGUUCUUAACUGAUGUGGAUAUUAUACCUUCAGCUAAUUUAAAUUUUGCUGAACAACUUGACAAAUUUCUAAAGAAAGCCAAAUGUGCAAAUAGCAAUAAUUUAUGUGCUUAUGUUAUUCCUACAUAUGAAUUAGAUGAACGAGUUAGAUUUCCAAGGAACAAAACUGAUUUGAUAAGACUUACCAAUAAGGGAUUGGCUCGACCAUUCCACAAUAAAGUUUUUAUUUACAACCAAUAUGCUACGAACUUUUCGAGAUGGCAAGCUGAUUUAACAGAGACUGAAGAUGUAAGGAUAAGUCAUGCUGUAACGAAUUUUGAGUUUCUUUAUGAGCCAUUUUUUGUCGCAUCUGAUAACAAUCCUCCACAUGAUGAGCGAUUUAUAGGAUAUGGAUAUACAAGAAAUACUCAAGUUUACGAAAUGUUCGUAGCAGGAUAUCAGUUUCAAGUUCUAACACCAUUAUUUACUAUUCAUUGGGGCUUACAAAACAAAAAGGGACGGCCUGCAUGGCGUGAGCACCAAAAUAAUAUUAAUAGGAAGCAUUUUGAAAUUUUUAAACGAGAAUUAUUUGCUCGAUAUCAUAAGGACCCGCUGAAGAUGCUUGCGCCUAAAAAAGCAAAAGGUCCAAAUGCUGCAGGAAAUAUUAAUGCUGGUGGAAUCAAUGUUGGAUGAAUAAUAUGUUACUUAAUCAAUCAAAGUGUCUCGUUCUCUUUCCUUUUUAUUUUUAACGCAAUAAAUAAUUUUUAAUUGUUAUUUAAUUGAAUGAUUAUAAUAAUAAUAAUGUCAUGUGUCAAAUGAAUAGGAAGCCUGAAUAAUGAAUUUUUUCAAAUAUUUGUAGUUUCAAUUUUUAAUAAGCAUAACAAAUUAGCAAAUUUAAUACCUUAGAAAAAUCCUCUUUUCAUCUUUUAAUUAUGAUUACUGGAUUUAAAGAAAAUGAUGAAGCAUACAGGAAAUUUAAAGCCACAAACUAGAUUAAAAAUUAUUGCACAAUCAAAUGUGAGAAAUAAAGUCGCUCAAGUGAGAAAUAAUUGUCAUCAAUGUUAACAUAAAUGAAGGAUGAAAAAGUUAUUAAUAAAUAUGAAAAAGUUACAAUAACAGCAGUGAUAUAAAGA